AUGGACCAUAUUCAAAAUCAAAGACUGGCUCAGCCGGGCUACCAUCAUGUGUUGAAUGUGAAAAUUUUACAUUUCAUUCUCAUUUGCCUCGUUUUAAGUCGAACGCCCAUGCACCACAAAUUGGUUAUGAUCCUCAGUCAGACAAUUACAUCAGAGACUCUAUAUGACAACAUCAACUCCAACAGCAUUGUCGUCGAUAUGAAGAAGCUGAAAAACUUGCUGGGUUUGACAGUGGCACCUGUAAAAUUGGGCUUUUUACCACCAGCGUCUUCGUCCACGCUGCCUUCGGUAAGUACGCGGCGGCGUAACAACAAUGCAGGGUUGGCCUUAAAUUUGGUGUCCGACAAAGGUGCACUAAAUAUCAUCCCAAACCCGAACGGGUUAAGACGCAGCUUCUGGGCUCUCAUAGUGGUUUUAAUUCUAGACCGAAUUUUCCAUGGAAGCCUGUAA